CAGUGGAAGAAUCCGGGAACUAACAUAUCAGGCAAGAGGCGUAAGCAAUCAUCUCUCGACGAUGGAUCCCACAACCUGCCAGCAGCCACCCCUGGUGCUUCCCUCCAGCCACCCCUUGCCCUGCUCCCUUCUAAGUCGAGCUGUGAGCUGGAGCCAGAGCAGGGCCUCUGAGUGGCAGCAGGAAGUGCCACGCAGAAUACCACGGAUGCGGCAAAACCACAUGCUGGUGAAGGCCAUUGGUACACAGCGGUCCCGCUGCCGGCCUGCAUCCCUUGCUUUCAAACGGCACCUGGAGAACCGAGACCAGGAACCAGGUUCUAAGCACUUCCUCUCAGAGGACAAGAUGGCUGCCCGCUUUAACUCCCUCAGCCUGGACAAUGAUCACAUGUACGGUUCCAAUGGCUUCCCAGUCCAAGAGGAAGAUCCCAAGUGGCAGCAGGCCUACGCACGACUCAAAGAACUGCAGCGCAGGCUGUCCCAAGAUAGUGUAAAUGAAGAAUCCAGUUCGACGGAAGAGGAAAAUGACUGUGGCGACGUAGUUGUGGAUGGGGAAUUCAUUAUGCCGGACUGCCCCCUGCUGACGCUUCCUUCCCUCUUCCAGGGGUCACUUGGAGAGGUCAGCCUUAUACCUGAAGAGGAACCCUUGCACCGAAGUUGUCCUGUGGAGCCCUCCUGGAAACUCCGUGGUGCCCACCAUCCGGACACUGAUGGCAACCCCGUCUUCUUUGGGCGCUUCCGCACAACUUCAGCAGGAAGUGGGGGUGACACAAGAAGAGAUGGAAAUAUGAGCUUCCAUCCCUCAUUGCAGCAACACACUGAUUUCUUACUGGCUGGCCUGUCAAGACUUUCAGCAAAUGGCACUAUUAUCCAGCCUUAUAAGUUUUACCAGAGACAUUUUACUCCAGUUUAGCAAUACUGAACAUUUUCGAGUAGACUGCAAUAGUUGGAUCCUCUUCCAGAUGUAAAUUGUGGGCAACCGUUUGUUCUUUUUCUCUGAUAGGAAUCUAAGGGUAAGGUGAAGCAACCAACUCAUGGCGACCCUACGAAGUUCCUCCUCAUGGGGUCCUCAGGGCAAGAGAUCAGAGGAGGUGGUUUCUCGCUGUCUUCCUUGUUGGUCUCCCAUCCAAGUACCAACCCUGCUUCAUGUCCAAACUCUGAUGAGGUUGGGCUACUAGGGCCGGUAAUUGACAAGAGGGUGCCCAAAGGUGCUUAGGUCUUAAUGUGCCACCCCACAUCCCAUUUUAUCCUUGUAAUCCCCCCCUAUAGAUUUAGGUUGAGAUACGGCAACUGGACUACCAAUAAAAACAGCCUUUCAAUCCCAUCCCCAGAGUG